CUCUGAUGUGUGGGCACAGCUAGCUAACAUGACAGUGGAGCAGUGAAAUUAUGCCGAAGAAAUCUCAGACUUUCGUUGGGAUGACAGAGGAGAAUAAGGAAAAGGUUCCAGAUGGAGUAUACAUCCAAGAAAGGGUGAUACAACAUCCACCUCAUAUCAGGCUUAGCAGAAGUCAAGAAAGAGGUAGAUUCAUGCUCCAGGAAUACAAGUUAAAAAUCCUUCAAAGUAAAAUCAAUGCUGCAAGAGAAGUGAGAAUAAAAGAACCUCAGAAGAUUGCUGACAAGCCGUCAUGCUCAGAGGAAGAAGCCUAUCGAUUCUUCUGCAAUACAUUUGAUGAAUUGGAGAAGAAUGGACAUACCACUGGCACACUCUCACAACAGAGUGGGAUAGAUACUGUUAUCGAUAUUGACAAUGUGGAUGAGUGUCAUAAUCCUCUUGUUCCUGGUGAUAUUGAGACACUCAACGUAAAUCCAGACCUUUUAUUUGUACCCAGUGAUUUACCAGUAAACCAAAUGAGGAUUAUACCAAGGUAUUUGAAGCCCCGUUUUUUGGAGGAUGAAGGGUUUUAUGUCUGUGAGAGGCCCCAAGUGCUGAAGAAGAUGAUAAACAAAAUGGGCAACCGGCUGAUUGAGGAAGAAAAGGGACAGUCCUGGUUUGGAGAGAAUGGUUGCAUGAUUGCAAUUCCAGACCCAAUCCAGAAGUAUUGGCAUUGUAAAGUAGAUUUCCCAUUCUCAUGCCAGUCUCCUUGUCUGGCCACGGUGAACAUGAGGCCUGAUAAACUGCAAAGUGCAGGAUCUGUUGUCUCUAAUGCAGAGGGCAGUGCAGGGCUGUGGCAGCUUGACCUGAACCUAGCCAGGCUGAAUUUCACCCAUCAUCCCCUGUUUAGCACAGAGCAUGUGUUGGCUCAGAGACUGUACGAGCUCUAUGAGCAUUAUGAAACCCGUGAGAUGAAGGGUGCAACUACCUCUCUGCAGGACAAGCUAAGCGGACUGAAGAAGUCAGAAACAACCUUGACCACCACUGAUGAAACUGCUACUUGCUCAAAGUUACAGGAUCUGAGACAGGAAAUACGAAAGACCCAUGUAGCACUGAAGAAUGAGAGGCAGGCAGACAUCUCUCUGGUGAGGAACAUUGUUGCCGCUUGGAAGCGCAUCAAAACCCUCAGGGCCAAGAACGGCUAUGUGAACACCACUGUGAAAUUACAGCUGCAUAAAGUGAAGGCAAGGAUCACUGACAGCACGACAAACAGAACUGGGACAGAUGAUCACAUGAAAGCAAGUGUCUUCUCUCUUGACAAUCUCUUAACACAACUGUUAUUAAUAAACUAUAGCCGUACUGUUUGUAGUAACCUUUGUUGCAUUGUUGUCGGUGUAAACAUCCUAUUGCAGACAAAGUUCUACACAGAUGGAGACGUAACGAUCAGGCAGCACUACCUGUGUAGGGAGCUGAAGGAGCAUAACAAAGAGGAGAUAUACAUCCCUCUAGUUCCAGGACAAGAAGAGGAGAUGUCUACUGAUUCUGUCAAGCAGAAGGCAGAUCAGUUAGAUCUAGUUCCUGUUCUUACUAUGUGUGGGGUGGUCACUCCAACCAGUAGCUGUCCACCUGAUGAGAAGGUUAGAAGAUAUGAACUGGCCAACCACAAAGUAUCAGUGAACAUAUUCUAUAAUGGAAAGCAUGUGUCUACCUCCGAGCCAUCCAUGUUCGACAACAGUGACUUCGGAGUUCAAAUUCAACAGAUGUUCAACAUGCAGAUAGUACACAGCCCAGAGAACAUUAUGCUUGAGAUUUGUGAGACAGUGAAACAAAAGAGCACUGUUGUGGCCAAAAUGUAUGUGCCCAUACCAGACAGGAACAUGCUCUCUAGCAACGCUACAAUGGAGAGGUCAGAGUUCAGCAGUGACAGAGCCAUCAAAGCCUACUACGCUGGUGUUGGGAGCAAUGUCCCAUUCAAACUAGAGAAGGAGGAUGCUGAGGUGUGCCUCAUGACCUCUGGGAGGCUGCUGUAUGUUGUCUCCUGGGCUGUGGAUGAGAGUGGCUUUCCCAUGGCGCCCACUGCCCCACCACACAGACCCAGCUUUACCAGACCCAUGGCCAGCGGUCCCAAUGCAAGUAGCGUUGAAUGGAUCAGGGACCUUCAGUUUGACCCCAACCACCCUUCUAACACAGAACUCACAGAACUCCUUAGGGAGGCCUGUGAGCAGAGAGACAGAGCCACGGGUCACUUCCGCCUGCAUGCCCUGGAGGAGGAGUUUGACUUCACCACUGAGGAGCAGCUGGAGAAGUCCAGGCGCUUUGGUCUCCUGCAGCUGCGGAGCUCUCAUGCUGUGGGCGUCAGCCCCUCCAAACCCAUCCCUCUCCACGACAGAGACAUUACUGAAGCAAUGUUCGCUGAUUAUGGUGCAUUCCCAAGUCUGUCCCUUAUGGAUGAAGACCCUAUCACAAUGCAGAGAGCACGCUCUAUCCACUGCAUCCAAAAGGCGCUGAAGUUGGCAAGAAAAAAACUGUUCAACAUCAAGAGGAAGUACAAGUUCUCUGAUAUAGUCACCGAGUACCACGAGGCAGAUACAGUGAUGGAGUUCGACUGGGACGUGUUCAGACUAAAGCGACCUCUCCAGCCUCAGCGUGUGAAGAGGAAGAUCGUUCCUACCUGCUCCCUCUCAGACGGGGACCUGAGGAUCUAUGUUGCCAUCAACAAUGCCCAGGGCCUGCCUGUUCGCCAGGAGGCUUUCCUCAAGGAGAUCCACGCAAGAGGCUCCUGCUGUGGUCUGUCUAGCAGCAGCAGACACAACAUGAAAAGCAGCUCGGAAAAGGCUGUCCUACAGGCUCAGGUUCAGCCCUUCGUGGAGGUUAGGUUUCAGGAGACAACAUAUGAGAGCAGCGUAGAGCAGGGACACAACCCAUGCUGGAGGGAAGAGUUCACCCUGGAGUUUAAAUCCUUAGGGGGUGAUUAUAGCCACGCAGGCCUUUCCAAAGUACAAGACGACAUUGUCAUCAAUGUGUUUGAUGAGAUGUCCUUUCAAGUCAUUGAGAGCAGUUCUCUGAGAGGCUGUGGAGCCCAGGUGUUCUCUGGCAGACAGUGGCUGGGCUCGGUCACCUUACCCUUCAGAUCUCUGCUGCAGCAAUCCAAGGUGUAUGAGAAACUGACCAUCUGUACCCCACCGACCCUACUGGGCUACAUGUGGACAGGGGAAGACAUGGUCAAUGACCAGGGCAUAGAGAUACCCUCGAGAAGAGAUACCAGUUUCAUGAAUGUCUUCAUCACUUUGGAUCCAGCCAUCUCUCUGAGUGAUGACCAGACAGCAAAGUUUUCCACAGACGAGGAUGAGGACUUGCUGGACUUGACCUAUGAGUAUGAGAAGCAGUGUAAGGUGGCAGCAGGCCGGGUGAAGAAGCGAGUCAUAACCACAGUGAUAAAUAGUGAGGGGAGGCUUGUCCUGGCACACCGGUUCUUCAAGCCACUUCCUCCUCCACAGGAAGUUGUCCUGGACACCCCCGACAAUAGCAUGUCUGUUCUAGAGAGGGUGGCAGCCUUUGUGUCCCUGAUUCCCACCUUGUCCUUCCCAUCUGACGUUGGUGACAGUGGGGACAUGUGGCUCACCUCAGAGCAAUGCUUGGAGCUGGCUAUGGGAAACGAUGUCAGUUUGGCAGUUCUGCUGUGCAACUUCUUUCAUGACCUGACAGUAAAUGGGUGGCUUCUCCUGGGAACAUCUGUCAUAGAGGGAGAGACAGCCUAUGUCCUUACUCAGGAGAACACUUGGUUUGUGUUGUGGAACCCCAGAGAUGGGAAGCACUACCAGUCAUACGACUCCUUCUGUCCUCUAAAGACUGUCGACUGUCUGGUCAAUGGUGAAAAUGUGUGGUUCCAUCUCCAACCAACAAGAAAGAUGCCCAUCACUUUUGACGUAUCAAAUAAUGCCACAUGGAAACCCUUAUUCCCCAAAGGGUUCAACUCGGACUCAUCCUCAAUGCCAACAGAAAUUAAAUACCGUCCCACUCAAAUAGAUCUGGUCAAUCACCUUCAAAGAAGGAUGGAGAGGAAACUGAAAAGUUGUGUGAUGGACUGGAGAAGCCCCCACCCUACACGCUGGAGCCCACGCUGUGCAGCCAUGCUCUCGGAGGUCAUGCAGAAGCUUGAGAGGAACCCAGCCUCUGACUCAAUAGCCCUAGAGAUAGACAGGCUGCUGGACACUAUGAAGGAUUACAAGGUGACUGGCUUCCCCAUUCAUAUGGCCUACCAAGACAUGAGCACAGUGAUCGAGGCUGUCUACAACACCAGAAUCCACAGCACUGAGAUCCCUGGGACAGAGUUUGCUCUCUCCACCUACAUCCACCCAUACCCCAACCACAUCCUGUCGGUGUGGAUAUUCCUGGCAACGCUGGUCAAACACCAGCAUGGCGUGUUCUACGUUCCUUCAGUACACUAGCACUGAGACACCCUGGUUGUGUUCAUUAGGCACCAAAUGGAAGGAAACUGACAAACGGGGAGGGACUACCUGGAACCCUUUUUAUGUUUUAGUUUUUUUGCAUGCCCGUAUGAACAAAAUCUCUGCCUUUCAGGGUCAGCUUUUCCUAGUUGUUUUUCUACUGUGGGAAAGGAAUGCAGAGUGAUUCAGACCAAGUGAUUGAAUCCACAAACUUGUACAUGGUAAAUUGUCCAUAAAAAUUGUAUUUGUUCAACCGUUGAUUAGCACACAUCUGGUAUGUUUUCAAGUUCACAAUAUGGUUUGUGAAAUGUUUUAGGCAAUAUUUGUUGAUGUAUGGAUAAAGCC